AUGAAUCUUAAAACAAAUAAUUCUGUAAAGCUGGAUAAUCCAUAUCUUGAAAAAACACUAAACAGAUCCACUAACUCUUCAUUUACUACAUUUGUGGUGCUAAAAACGAAUUCACCUGGAGAGCCUCUGAAAAUGCUGCAGAGAUAUAAAUACACAAUCAAUGAGCCUAAUAAAUGUAAAGAACAUGUUCCAUUCCUUAUUUUGCUUGUGACCAUGGGACGAUGGCAGAAUAAGGCUCGACAAGCUAUAAGACAAACAUGGGGAAAAGAGGAUUUUGUAUUUGGGGUCAAGAUAUUAAGGCUAUUUUUAUUAGGCCAUGACAAGAAGUUAACUAUUAAUUCUGAACAGGCUCUUAUGAAUGAAAGUCAGGAAUAUCAUGACAUUAUCCAACAGGAUUUUUUAGACACCUACCUUAACCUAACCAUUAAGGUAAUGAUGGGUUUCAUAUGGGUAGCCACAUACUGUCCACAAGCCACAUAUGUAAUGAAGACAGACAGUGACAUGAUUAUUAAUACAGAAUAUUUAGUAAACAAGCUUUUGAAACCAAAUCAACCUCCAAGAACUAAUUAUUUCACUGGAUGCUUAAUGGAAAAUUAUCAUCCCAUACGUGACAAAAACAGUAAAUGGUAUAUGUCACCAGAUAUUUACCCAGAUAAUAAAUAUCCCCCAUUUUGUUCUGGGACUGGCUAUGUAUUCUCUGGAGAUCUAGCACAGAAGAUAGUCAAUAUCUCCUCAAUCAUUAGAUGGCUACCCCUAGAGGAUGUGUACAUCGGACUUUGCCUUGAUAAAUUGGGAGUUAAGCCUGUAGCUCCACCAAAAUACACUGAUUUCAAUGCCUGGAGAGUUAAAUACUCAGACUGUAAAUAUAACCAGAUUGUAACAUCACACAUGUGGAGUCCUGAGGAUAUAAUACUUAAAUGGAACAGAUUACAAAAAAACAAACAUCUUUGUGUCUAA